AUGUCGUUCACUUCAAUCCCCAUUCUAGAUCUGGCGUUGGCCCGGGAUCCGGCCACAAAGCCUGAAUUUCUCUCCGACCUGCGACAUGCUCUGAUUGAGGUUGGCUUCCUCUAUCUCAAAAAUGUGGGCAUAUCCGAUGAGUUCUUCAAGCGGGUUAUCGACGAAGGCAAGGGGUUCUUUGACAUACCCAUGGAAGAGAAACUCAAAAUUGAGAUGAAGAACGCCCCAUCUUUCCUCGGCUAUUCUCGUCUUUCAGCGGAGGUGACGGCCGGCGCCAUUGAUCAUCGCGAGCAAAUCGACAUCUCGACGGAGCACCCAGUGCCCGGUCCAGAAGCCCCGCGAUACCACAACCUACUGGCGCCCAACCAGUGGCCGUCUGCCGACGUUCUGCCCAACUUCCGCCCCGUCUUCACCGAAUACAUCAAGCGCAUGGGUGACAUCUCGAUCUCCUUCACUAGCCUGAUCGCCGAGGCCAUCGAACUUCCUAGCGACGCCUUUAACAAGUACUUUGACGCCGACCAGCAGCACAAGCUCAAGAUCGUCAAAUACCCAGACGUCGGGGUGCUGGGCGCAGAGGGCAAGGGAGGAAACCAGGGUGUUGGGCCGCACAAGGACAGCAUGCUCACUUCUUACCUCCUCCAAGCCUCCCACCACACAGGCCUCCAAGUGCAGAACGUACGCGGCGAGUGGAUCGACUGUCCACCAAUCGACGGCACGCUGGUCGUCGCCAUCGGCCAGGGGCUCGAAGCACUCACACAAGGCGUGUGCACCAGCACGACGCACCGGGUGCUCUCCCCGACCGCCGGCGCCGGCCCACGUUUCUCGAUUCCCUUUUUCCAGGGCGUCAGCGGGGACACGGGAUUUGACGACCUGGAGAAAGUCGGGGUUGGGCUUGUCCCCGAGCAUGUACGCGAGCAGCGGCGCAAGGCGCUGGAGCGCGCUGGCGGCCGGCUGGACGACGUCGAGUUUACGUUUCGUCGGGGAAGGGCGGCCAAGACGCUGGGCGAGGCCACCUUCAGGAAUAGGGUCAAGAGUCAUCCCGACGUGGGCGAGCGGUGGUAUCCGGAUCUGUUGCAGAGCGUAAGGGAGGAGGAAGCAGCGUUGGCGGGGAAGACGGGGGUAGUGGAAGUGCCUGUAGUGGCAGCCAAGGCGGUGGAGGCGCACUAG